AUGAGCACCCCCUCAAAGGCUAUACUUAGGGUCUACGUUUUGCCCAGUGAUGUUGGGCACCGCUUCUUGCAGCGAGACCGUGGGGCCGACGGACACCUGUUCUCCGUCCUCCAAAACCUCGAUGUUUCGCUUGAUUCUUGGAAGGGACAACCCAAUGUCGAACAGCCUUUCGAUCUGUACGCAGCCGGAGAAGAGGGUUCCCUUUUCUACUUGUUCAACAAUAUCCCGUCUCCUAAUCCAACCUCGGAGCACAUCACGAGCCAUUUCCACCGAGAGAGUAUGCUGGACCUUCUUGAUGUCGAGUAUCAACUACCCGGCCUCAAGACAGUUCUCUAUCCGUACCAACGCAAAUCUGCAGCAGAGAUGCUGCGAAAGGAAUGUGAGGAACGAGUCGAACUCGAUCCUCGACUUGAGGAGCACGUCGCUCUUGACGGUUCAACUUACUACUACAACCCUUGGGAGAUGUCGUUUUUCCGAAGUCCCCGCUUCUAUGAGCCCUGCAAAGGGGGCAUCUUGGCUGACACGAUGGGACACGGUAAGACGCUUAUGUGUAUAGCACUGAUUCUCGCAACGCGUGGCUAUCUUCCUCGCACGCCUACCCAACAUGAACGAGUGACGGUUCGACCGAAGGUUGCCAGUCUUUUGGACAUGGCUGUAUCAGCCGUCAACCAACAUUCCGCUCCGUGGCUCUCUUUCUUCGAAAAACACGAACAUCACACUGGUGAGCAUAUGGCGAAAUGUAUAGAACUCAUGCGUCGGAAGGCACCUUCUUAUGAAAUACCCGUCGAACCCAUCCGCUGGAAUCGCAAUACUACGGUCCGCACGCCGAAGAAGGUAACUCUAGCCGCAACGACGCUGGUCGUUGUGCCAAGAAACUUGUUGUCACAAUGGAAGCUGGAACUGGAGAAGCAUACCACAGGGGUCCUGAACACUUUAGUCAUGGAUGACAACCGUGUUGCUCUUCCCUCCCCCGAGAUAUUGAGGACCUUCGACAUCGUUCUAUUCAGUCGACAUCGAUUCGAGUGCGAAGACAAAGAUGGCGAAGACGCAAAAGGUCGGCGUAUGUCAAGAUAUCCAGUGACCUGUAACUGCCCCUACAUUGGAGCUACUCGAACGCGAGAUUGUGUCUGUUUGCGACCUGACGAUUUGUACAUAUCACCACUCAAAGCUCUGCACUUCUUAAGAAUCAUCGUCGACGAAGGGCAUGGAAUGGCUGCUGAGAAAACGAGGAUCGCGAUUGUAGCUAACAGACUCGUUGAGGCUUCUCACCGUUGGAUCGUAAGCGGCACCCCAGCAAAAGAUCUUAUGGGUGUGGAGCUGGACUUGGUCGGACCUGUAUCACACGUUGGAACCCCAACUCCUUCGAACAUGGAAGAUGCGGAUUCACAAUAUGGUCCUAGCAUUGAAACUUCGGAAUCCGUGCGACGCGAUGUCCUACUGAGCCAGAGGAAGUCGUUCAAUGAGAAGGACGAGAAAAUAGGAGCGGUUCGCAACAUUGGCUCGUUGGCGAGCGGCUUCUUGAAAAUCAGGCCAUGGUGCCCUGCCGAAGACGAGAGAGGGUCCGACUGGAACGAUUACUUUUUCCGGCAUGAAUUUUCACGUCCACGAGCUCGCACCUUCUCUGGGUUUUCAAAGUGUCUGCGCCAGAUGUUAGACUCGAUCGUCAUCAGAACGCAGUCUGGAGACGUCGAACGCGACAUCAAGCUGCCUCCACUGACGCAUGAGAUUGUUCGAUUGGAACCGUCCUUCUAUGACAAACUGACUGUCAACGCAUUCGUGUUUGUGCUCACAUCUAAUGCCGUCACUAGCGAAAGGACGGACAUUGACUACAUUUUCCACCAGAAGAGCGGAAGAGAGCGGGCGCAGUUACUAAACAACUUGCGAGCAAGUGCGUUCUAUUGGACUGGUUUCAGUGCUUCUGAUAUGGUAGCUGCCAUAGCGCAAAGUGAAGGCUACUUGCAGAAGCAGGACAAGACAUGUUCGAAGAACGAUCAAAUCAUACUCGAAAGUUGCAUCGAUCAAGCCAAAUUCAUGGUUGGGUCCGAGGGGUGGAGAAAUUUGACCCAAAGUCAUGAGGUUGGGCUGUUUGUAGAGAGUUGGCCAACGGAAUCUGCUGAGUUCUGGUCUUUUGAUAAGACAGAUCCAUCCAGACUCCAUCUAUUAUGUGGAGCCACACAGUUGAUACAGGCUCAAGAUCACAUUAACCAGCAGGCCGAAGCCCCAGAUCCUGCAGAGGGUCUCUCUGGAUGUGGAAUCCAUGCGUUGUCCUUCCUGCGCUCGGAACCUACAGAUACAAAACCCCCUGUGCUGAUUAAGGCGGGCAUACCAUCAUCCUCUCUCGCCGUGAGCCAAACCGGAGACAAGCGUUCAACUGGCGUAUCUCCAAAACGCACUGCUGAUACACAUAGCGAAAUCAAAGAAGCGCAACUGCCAGCUGUUUCCCCGCUCAGGAAAACCAGCAUUGUUGGGACUACGUCGGCCAAAUUGAGCUAUCUUCUUUCUCGCGUUGAGGAGUUUUAUCGGGAUGAAAAGAUACUCAUCUUCUACGAUAACGACAACACUGCCUACUACAUCGCACAAGCGCUUGAAGUCCUUCAUAUUGACUACCUCAUCUACGCAAAGUCACUCACGCCUGCAGCCAAGUCGGAUUAUAUUGUUCGAUUCAACCAGAGACCUGAACACCGCGUUUUGUUGAUGGACAUCGGCCAAGCUGCAUAUGGCCUGAACUUGACUUCUGCUUCGAGAGUCUUCUUCGUCAACCCUGUGAACAGGCCUCAAGUCGAGGCACAGGCUCUCAAACGUGCGCAUCGUAUAGGACAGACUCGAGAAGUCCACGCAGAGACUCUGAUCCUCAAGGGCACGAUCGAGGAGAAGAUAUUCGAACGAGCAAGAACAAUGAGCCGAACCGAGCACAAAGAGGCAAAGGAGCUGGACGACGAUGGUGACAUUCGAGAUAUCAUCCAAAGCGCACAACCCAUCCCGAUCUCGAGUCAUGAGGCGGAAGGCGCACGUCGCAUUGCUUUCAUUCAGAGUCCACAACAACUGUUUGCCAGAUCUGGCUGGGCGAGCUGGAAGAAAGCAGCUCGAGAAAAUUCGAAGACUCGCACCAAGACAUCUGGUUCGAGUUCAAGUGGAAAAAGGAAAGUGAAGGAGCAAAAUGACACUCCUAACAGAAAGCGGACGAAGAAGCAGAAGGUGUGA